GUUCACACAUGGAAAUUACUCCCGUCACAUUUUUCAGCCAAGAAGAUUACUCUCAUUUCUAUAACACGUUACCAGACAUGGAUUUCAACAACAACAACAACAAUAACAAGAAGCGAAAAGAUAGUAACAACUUGAAGGAUAUACUUGCUUCUCUGAUUCUGUUAGAGGACGAAGAGAAACAAGAGCAACAAAACAGUGUUGUUGAGUCAGAACAACAACGAACCAUGUUCGAUGCCAAUUAUGACCACCAGGCUCGAACCAUGAACCACUACAUGGCUCAAUUCCAAACCCAUUAUAAUGAAUUGGACCAGCUCGGUCAUAAUAAAGCCAAGAGGGUUCGUCGUUCUGCUCUUAAUGCUGCUGCUGCUGCGGGUUCGGGUUUAAAUGAGACCGGUUCAAUUCAACCGGGUUCGUCUGUUCAGCAACACCGAAGGCUUUGGGUUAAGGACCGGUCCAAGGACUGGUGGGAGCGGUGCAGCCGGAACGACUUCCCGGAGGAGGAGUUCCGGCGGUGGUUCCGAAUGAGCAAGGGAACAUUCGACAUGAUCUGCGACGAGCUCGAUUCGGUGGUGACGAAGAAGAACACGAUGCUACGCGAUGCCAUCCCGGUUCGCCAGCGUGUCGCGGUUUGCAUAUGGCGGCUCGCCACCGGUGACCCGCUCCGGCUCGUGUCGAAGCGGUUCGGUUUAGGAAUCUCCACGUGUCACAAGCUCGUUCUAGAGGUUUGUGCCGCCAUAAAAACAGUUCUGAUGCCGAAGUUUCUUCAUUGGCCUAACGAGGAGGAGAUGAAGGGUAUAAAAGAAGAGUUCGAGGGCAUUUCGGGAAUACCAAAUGUUGGUGGUUCAAUGUACACGACACAUGUUCCAAUCAUUGCACCAAAGAUAAGUGUUUCUGCUUAUUUCAACAAACGACACACUGAGAGGAACCAGAAGACUUGUUACUCUAUAACAGUUCAAGGGGUGGUUGAUCCCAAAGGGGUUUUCUCCGAUGUGUGUAUUGGUUGGCCUGGUUCAUUACCUGAUGAUCAAGUUUUGGAGAAGAGUGCUUUGUAUCAGAGAGGUUAUGGUGGUAGUUUGAAGGAUGUUUGGAUUGUUGGGAAUUCUGGGCACCCUCUUAUGGAUUGGGUUUUGGUUCCUUACACACACCAGAACCUUACUUGGACUCAACAUGCUUUCAAUGAGAAAGUUGGGGACAUUCAGAGGGUUGCAAAGGAAGCCUUUUCUAGAUUGAAAGGCAGGUGGGGUUGUUUGCAGAAGAGAACAGAGGUUAAGCUUCAGGACUUGCCUGUUGUUCUUGGUGCUUGUUGUGUUCUGCAUAAUAUUUGUGAGAUGAGGAAUGAGGUUAUGGAUCCUCAAUGGAGUUUUGAUCUUUUUGAUGAUGAGAUGGUAGCUGAGAACAAUGUGCGUUCUGAGAAUUCCAUGGUGGCUAGAGAUCAUAUAGCUCACUAUUUGUUACACCAUGGUCGUGCUGGCACUAGUUUUGUGUAGUUUUUUUAAUCUUUGUUUACUCUAAUUCUGUCAAUUCUUUUGGCUAUGUUUUGUUGUAAUGUAGUCACAUUAGAAAUAAGACCUUCAUAUAUAGUUAAAUUAAAUGGGUGUGUGUGUGUGUGUGUGUGUAAGUUGUAUAGAGAUUUU